AUGGCGUCAACUACAGCCAGCGGAGUCCCCUCUUCAAAGGAGAAAAAGUACGACCGACAGCUGCGAUUGUGGGGUGCAGAUGGGCAGAACAAGCUUGAGUCUGCACACAUUGCUCUCUUCGGUGCUUCGGCGACUGGCUGCGAGACGCUCAAGAACCUUAUCCUCCCCAGCGUCGGCAAAUUCACAAUCAUCGACGACAAGAAGGUAGUCGAUGCAGAUCUUGGCGUCAACUUCUUCCUGGACGAGGACAGCAUAGGAAAAUCUCGCGCGGAACGGACAGCUGCGUUACUGGGUGAGCUGAACCCGGAUGUCCGGGGGGGCUACAUCGAAGACAACCUUUCGAACCUCCUAGCCACGAAGCCGGAGCUGUUCCGACCGGAGUCCUCGCCGUUCACACACAUUGUCGUCGUCUCGCCCUUCCUUACGUCCGAUGUCCUCAAACUGUCGCCGGAGAUACCCACCUUCCUAGCUUACUCCAUCGGAUUUACAUGCUCGCUGCGGAUCGCUGCGCCUACCCGUUGCAUUGUCGACACGCACCCUGAUACCCUGAUAGACCUAAGGCUGUUAAACCCAUGGGAGGAGCUCUCGGCUCUUGUCGCGGACCUUGGUACGGGCGUUGACGCGGCCGAAAACGAUGGUGGAAUGAGCGAUCACAAGCACGGCCAUGUGCCGUACGUCGUACUGCUGUUGAAAUACCUGGAAGAAUGGAGGGCCACUCACGGCGGCGCCAACCCGUUAACCUACAAGGAGAAAACCGACUUUAAGGCGAUGAUCCUGGACAGGAUGAGGACGAAUGUUCCCGGCGGCAGCGAAGAGAACUACGAAGAAGCCGCAGCAGCAGUUCUCAAGAACGUUCGUGAAGCCGAGCUCUCGUCGGACACCCGAGGAGUGCUGGAGGAUCCUCGAUGCAUCAACCCUUCCAAAAACUCCUUCAACUUCUGGAUAAUCGCACACGCAGUCCGGGAGUUCCAAUCGCGCGCAAACCAAGGCGCAGGUCUCCUCCCGCUCUCCGGCGGCUUCCCGGACAUGAAGGCAGAAAGCAGCACCUACGUCGCCCUGCAAACGCUAUACCGCAGUCGCGCGCGCCGCGACGCCCUCCUCGUUCUCGAAAACACUCAAUCGAUCCUCGCCGCUCUCGGCCGCGAUCCCGAGUCCAUCUCCCUCGAGGAAAUCACGCUCUUUGCUAAACAUGCCAACUUCGUGCGCAAGAUCGAUUACCGCCCGCUCGCGCCGGAGUAUACCCAAGAUGACCACCAUAAACACGCUGUCACCGCCGCGCUGGCGGGUUUUAAUCCCGAUUGGAAUAAGUCUACUAUUCAUGAAUAUGUUGCGGUCCGCGCGUGGCAGGCGUUUUAUGAUAGGCAUGGCAGGGCAGCGGGCGACGAGGAUAGCACGUUGGAGGCGGAUGUUGUCGAGAUGCUAAAGAUUGCGGAGGAGUAUCUGAAGGAGGUGGGGUACGAGGGGGAAAUGAACGAACAUGCCCAGAACACGAUUAAGGAAGUUGUCAGGGCUGGAGGUGGAGAAUUGCAUGCCAUUGCUUCUCUCGCAGGCGGUAUCGUGGCGCAGGAGAUCGUCAAGGUCAUCACUUCGCAGUACGUGCCCAUCAAUAAUACGGUCGUGUUUGAUGGCAUUGCGAGUAGGAGUUCGACUUUUGGGUUUUAG